CGCAACAUCAUUCCAGAUAGGAUGGGUACGUACUUCAACGGGGUCACCGCUGCCCUUCGGUUCGCUAAGGACUACACGAUAGCAGCGGGAGCCUAUCUUCUUGCCAGUAAAGCACACAAGGCAAUGCCCACACUUACGCCUCUAGAAGCUGUUUCACGCCUUAGUCCACUUGUUAUUCGUAUUCUUGGACAAAAUCCUGGACCAUUCACUCUGCAAGGCACGAAUACAUAUCUUGUCGGAGCUGGUAAGAAGAAGAUUCUGAUCGAUACUGGCGAACCGAACAUCAGUGAAUACGUCACUCUGCUUAGAGCUACGCUUGAGGAGGACCACAGCGAGAUCGAAUCCAUAAUCAUUACACAUUGGCAUAAUGACCAUGUUGGUGGCAUUCCAAGCGUUAUCAAGGAGGUCAUUGGACACGAGGUCCCAAUCUACAAAAUUCGGCGGGGAGCUGCCGAAGAUCCUGCACAGUUUCAGUAUGUAGACGAUGGAUACGAAGUUCAUGUGGAAGGUGCUACUCUAAAGUUUGUACAAACUCCUGGUCAUACUUGCGAUCAUGCAUCCUUGUAUCUUGAAGAAGAAGAGACUUUGUUCAGUGGUGAUUGCAUACUUGGUGAAGGAACGACUGUUUUCGAGGAUCUCCAUGACUAUAUGAGAAGCUUGGAGAAGAUCAAGGACUUUCAUCCAAAGCGGAUCUACCCCGGGCAUGGUCCUGUAGUCGAGAAAUGUGAUGAGAAAGUAGAUGAAUAUGUUAGCCACCGAAUGAAACGCGAAAAUGAAAUAGUUGAAGCGUUGCGCAGGCUUGGCGAUGCCACUAGCAUGGACAUCACUGUCCUUGUAUAUACGGACUCACCCUUGUCCGUACGUUUGGCUGCUAUGAACAACGUGAAAUUACAUCUUAACAAGCUGAUCAAGGAAGGCCGAGUCAGUCUAACUCCCGCUGGGUUAUAUCAUUUGAUCCAGUAAAACAUUCUCAUCAAGCGUCGGAGAAGUCGGCA